AUAUGUUUUAUUUUGUUAACUACCGUUAUCAAGCGAGGAUAGCGGCUAAUCUAGCUCUUAGUCUUGAUAGUAUGUAGAAAGCCUGUAGUAUUAGUGCUUUCGCAAGUAAAAGAAAACCGAACAAAAAUUCGUACAUUCAUUCGCGAUACGCGCAAAUCAGAAGCCGAACAGCUGUUGUCAGGGUCAGAAAUGAAUCGCUAUAACUUAAGUACCUUUGGUGUGGAAAAGACGCGAGAAGAACUUACAAACGAUCAUUCGCCAUGGUUCGUCAACUUUCAGGAUCCUUCCGAGUUAUACCGGGCUCAACCAAGUUACAUUUGGUGUCAAGCGGCCUUCUUGAUCGGAGCGCUUCUCUGCUUGAUCCAUGCCUUCAAACGCGGAGGUCGGUGGCCUUACCUCUUCUUGGGAGCAAUUUGUCAUGGAUUGUUCGUUGAGCUUCUCACCUACUACGCACCUAGCAUCGACAACUUUUGGCACUCAAAAACUCCAAUCGAUUUCUUCGGCCACCGAUUACCGCUGUACAUUAUUUUCCUAUAUCCAGUUUUCUACUAUCAAGCUCACUGGGCCGUAUCUAAGCUGCAUCUGAAAUGUCGAUGGUCAGAGCACAUGGCGGCCGGUUUGUUGGUGGUACUGAUUGAUCUUCCGUACGACAUUGUAAGUGUGAAGUUCGUGCAUUGGACAUGGCAUGACACCGAUCCCAACAUCGCCGACCGCCACUAUUGGGUGCCUUGGAACUCGUACUACUUCCAUGCCACGUUCGCUUUCGCCUUCUCUUUCCUGUUUCACAAUGUGCGCAAGUGGACAGACCGUCGACAGCUUGAGCGUUGGCAAGCCGGGACGGUCAGGGCGGAACUGGCUGCUGUUUUGGCUGCUGCCUUGCUUUCGUUCCCGGCUGGAGCAUUGCUAUUUAUACCACUAUAUCACCCCUUCCACGAUUUUUACAAUGUGCCUGGGGAGGUCACAGCUCUUACGCUACUGUUUGUGUUCCUGACCGUGCUGUGGAAGUUCGAUCGAAAGAGCAAUCGACGGUUGCCGGAGAAACUAGACACGAUGGGCCGGGCCCUGAUGGUACACUUGGUCAUACAUUAUGCCGCCUUCUUUGCGAUGGUUAUCUUCCUCAACCCAGAAGAAGUGGUGGCAGCUGGUCUUCAUGAGCCUAUAGGCGAUUGUCAAGCAAGAACUCCGGUUCAUACCGUGCUUAAAACGUUGGAGAAACGCACCUAUCUGUGUGUAGACGAUUACGACGAAAAGUACUUCGAUUUUCAUUGUCUGAAUAAGCUGCCUAAGGAUGGAGCCUAUUGGUACACUAUCUGUGGUACACCGUUUGAAAAUCGGGCCGAAUAUGUGCUUGUGAUAUCACUGAUUUCUUUCGUGGCGUUUAUGGUCUUCCGAACAAUUCACAUUGAUUAUGACAUUCGCUUUGAUAUCUAUGAUCUUGUGCGUAAGGAAAAGAGAGAUCGACGAGUGGCUUCGAAAGAGGACAAAAAGAAAAAGUAA